AUGAGGAAUUUUACUCUCGUGGGCUCACUCAUCGCUCUCGCAGCUGCAGCGGACAGCGCAGACACAGCAUGGAGCUAUCUGCCAGACAAGACGGCUGCCUGGUACAAGGAGCAUGGACAAGCACUCCCAGAGCUGGCGCCGGCUAUCACGACGGUGACGGCGAACAAGAGCUAUGUCGUGAAGCUGGAGUGCGUGGGAUGUCCGUUCCGCGUCCGCGAGCUGUAUGAGGUUGUGGAGCACUGGCAGGAGCCGCCGCAGGAGAACUCCUUGCUGCUCAACUUCACCGUUGACGACGCUCGCCCCGGCCUCCUGCUCAACGGCAAACGGAUCGCGCCCCUCGACCCGAUGCCACUCAGCAUAUCUGCGUUCCAGACACCCGCAAACCUGUCGCAGGACACAAUGACGAAGAUGACGACGCAGCACAUGCUGGACCGGAGCUGGGUCGUCGGCACAAAGUACGGGACGUUCGAGCUGCAGUACGAGCACGCCGUCAUCGGGACUCGCGCGUUCGGCAGGAACUGGAUCCAGUUCGACGUCACCGCCGUGCACCAGCGCUCCACGUACAACGCAGCCAGCGCGAAGCUCGACAAGGAGGGCCAGAAGAUGGUGCAGAUCCUGCUGCGCGAGCCGGUGGACAGGGCCGAGCUGUACAUCGAGGACGUACAGGUCGUGGAGCGCGAGGACCGCGUGAAGCCGUUCAAGAUGAAGUGCGGCAAGCUCGCUAUGAUGCGGACCGAGUAUAACCCCCUGGAGUGGGAUUACUACGGGAAGAUUGGCACGGUUACGAGGACGUUGCGUUUGAUGCUUUCGAGUAUCACGGAUUCCUGGGGCGUUCUCACGUUCUGGGCUGUUGUGAUCAGCGCGGCCGUUUUCUUCCGUCGGCGCAUCGUGCGCGAGCAGCAGGAGAAAGCUCUUGCGGAAGCCAGGGAAGAGGCCGAGGCAGCGCUAUUGGCGUCUGAUUAUUCGGCUGAGCCGCCAGCGUACUCUGAUAUCUCAGGGCCUGAAGAGAAGACGGAAGAGGUUUGA